AACCAUUUGUUUAGUUUAGGCCUUGCAUGCCCCCCCACCACCACUUCGCUAAAAAACACCUAAGCUGUUCCCUGAGGAGCUUUCAGUGUGCAUUGUUUACUGCAACCCCCUAAAAAUGGCUUAGGUCUUUAACUGGGAGGCUUUUGUUCCUGGGUUUCGGUGAAAAACAAAGCAGACAUACAUAAAGUUUGGAUCUUUUAGGGUUUUGUUGCUGCGAGGGUGACAGUUCCAGUGUGUCUGUUAAAAAUGGGUUCCUUGGAGGUUGAACUUCAACAGCAGCUUAAGGAGGCUGGAAACAAGCUGCUUAAUCCUCCCUCUUCUGUAGAUGAGCUUCUCAGACAUCUUGACAAAGUUGAGCAAUUGCUUGCAACUGUAGAGCAAGCACCAUCCAAGUCUAUGCAAGAUGCACUUCUACCCACAAUGAGAGCAUUGAAAUCUAAUUCCCUGUUGAGGCAUAGUAAUAUGGAAGUGAAAGUUUCUGUUGCAUCCUGCAUCACUGAGAUUACAAGAAUAACAGCACCAGAUGCUCCCUAUAAUGAUGAACAGAUGAAGGAAGUUUUUCAGCUAACCGUAGCAGCUUUUGAAAAUCUGUCCCAUGUAUCUGGUCGCUGCUAUACAAAGGCAGUCUCUAUUCUUGAUAAUGUUGCAAGGGUCAGAUCAUGCUUGGUGAUGUUGGACCUGGAGUGUGAUGAGUUGAUUAUUCAGAUGUUUCGACAUUUCCUGAAAACAAUCAGGUCCAACCAUCCAAAUGCUGUAUUUUUGGCCAUGGAAACAAUUAUGAUCCUGGUCUUAGAUGAAAGUGAAGAUAUUUCCUUGGGUCUUCUCAAUCCUCUUUUGGAUAGUGUGAGGAAGGAAAAUCAGAAAGUUUCACCAGUUUCUUGGAAGCUGGGGGAAAUUGUUAUAGCUAACUGUGCUCAGAAGAUAAAACCAUAUCUCCUACAAGCAGUAAAGUCUAUGGGCAUUGCUUUGGACCAAUAUUCUCCGGUACUUGCUUCUAUCUGCAGAAGUGAAUCAAGUACCCGUAAUCACCAUCAUGUCAAUCCUGGGGACCAUUUGGUCUUGCAAAGUUCUGUACGUUCAGGAGAAGGUUUUAAAGCUGCAGAUGGUAUUUCCAAGCCAGUGGUAAGUAAAGGAAAUGCUGGUACUAGAAAUGGUGAUACUGUUGUAAAUGAUAAUCCUUCAAAAAGUUUAGAGCAUUAUUCUCAUGAGGAGCAGUCCAAAAGUGCGGAUGCUAGUGGCAGUGAUGGACAUGACAAUGUCUCUGUUAAGGCAGUCAAAUUGGAAACCGAGCAAGAUACUGUUCCAAAGAAAAGGGGCCGGAGACCUAAUUCUUUGAUGAACCCAGAAGAAGGCUAUGACCAUUCGUGGGUUCGCAUGGGUAGACGAACACCAAAAACUGCUCUUAAUAAAAAGCCUCUUGAAAAGGGAGUUGAUUGUUUAUCAUCUGCAGACAUAGAUUCCAAGAAGUUGUCUGGGUCUUUGACACAUGAAGAAGUGACUGAUAGUCCUGGAGAUGGUCAACGCAGAAGGGGCAGGCCUAAGAAAAAAUAUAGCAUGACAGAUGAAGAUGCUGAUCCUGGUUCUGUGUCUGAAUCAAAGAAAGAGGCUUUGAAUGCUCAUAAUCUGGAGAAUGCUCCGCAAUCUGAAGGCAGAAGUGAAUCUAAGAUAAAACAAAAGAAGCGCUCCAAAAAGAUUAGACUUGCUGAAAAGGAGAGAGAGGAGCUAACUCCUGGAUCUGUCUCUGAAAAGGAGCUUCAGAACACUGGCGAUCUGGAGGAAAAACCUUUGCAACAGUCAGCUGUGAAGGUUCGCAGAAGAAAUUUCAAGCAGGGUAGGUCAUCAAGCCAAACUAGUAUUAAGAAAAAUUCUUUGGGUGAUGAUACCACUCCAGAUAAAAUUGUCAGUGGAACACCUGACAAUAAGAAGAUGAUUUCUGAGCUCGUAACACCAGCUAGUACAGAAAGUCCCUUGGAGGAUUCCCCUAAAGCAAGUAUUAAGAGGAAAAGAACUGCUGGAAAGAAUGAGGAGUCUGGGUUGCCUGAUCUUGGUGAAGAAUUGAUUGGCAAGAGAAUUAAAGUUUGGUGGCCAUUGGAUAAGAAGUUUUAUGAAGGUGUGGUCGAUUCUUAUGACAAUGUUAAGAAGAAGCACAGAGUCUUGUACGCCGAUGGAGAUGAGGAAAAACUUAAUCUCAGAAGGCAACGCUGGGAGUUCAUUGAAGAUCAUAAUUCACCACAUGGAGGGCAAGAAACUAAUCUUCCAAGACCUGGUGCUUCUCCUGAUAAAGUGUCCAAACAGAAAGAUAAAACAGAUUCACUUUCACCCAAAUCAGGGAAGCGUCGUAAAACCUCAAAAAGGAGUGGAGCCCAACAUAGCACCUCCACAUUGAAGACCAAACGAUCUGCUGGUAAUUCAUCGGAGGAUGCUAGAUUUGACAAGCCUAUUGUUGAUGAAGCAGUGGAUGAUGCAUCCAUGAGAGAUGAUGAUAGUGAUGGUGAGGAUCGUGAAAAGUCUAAUGGCAAGUUGGAGACUGAAACUGAACCUACAAACUUAAAGCAGACUACACCAGAGACUGUAACGGCACCCAAGGAUGCAAGUGCUGAAGAUGAUGAAUCUGGUCCUUCUACGCCCAGUGACAUUCAGGAGGGCAAAGGGAAGGAAAUAUCCCCUUCAAACUGAAAUGCCAGGAUCAAUGUAUAAAGUCAGGUGUUAAUAGAUUUUGCAGAGCUUGUUAAUUUGGCCUUGGUACUUUAGAAGCUCUGUUCAUAACCUCCCCAGAGUAGUCAUAGGUAUGCAAACGCCCUUUUUUUUUUUUUUUUUGCUUAUUCUUAGCUAUAGUUGGUAGGUGGCCCUGCCCUGUUAUCUAUGUUGUUUGAAUUGCCAGGGUCCUGUAAUUGCAAUGCUACUGGUAACCUACUCCAGACUCCACCAACCCCUUACUAUUUUCUCUUCAAUUCUAUGAAACCAAACAACCCCCUUAUCGGAUAAUUGACUAGUUUUUAU